CGCUCACGCGGUUCUCUGCGCAACCGGCGGAUUCUCGUCACCGCCGGCCACACGGUCGCCCUGAAAGGCCGAGUAAGAGUAAACAGAGGGAUAGAGUAUAAUCGAAAACAAAAAGCGGAAAGACAGUCAUGGCGGGCGGCUCCGAGCCAUUUCCGCCGCUCAGCGCGGCAGCCGAUCGCCAAUUCCAAUCCACGGCUACCGACAAUAGCGCACCCCGUCGCCGCAGAAAGUCCAGCAUUCUUGGGAGCGAGUUACGCGUCGGAGACACGGGCGCGCCCUCGAUAGCGACCGGCAUUGCCCAGCUCAGUGGUCCUGCAAAGGAAUCCGCAGCAAGCCCCGCGACAACUACGAAACGCUUCUCGAAGCGCCGGAAAGCUCGCUCCGCCCUGCGCCGCGCAAAGAGCAUCGCCGUCAAGCACACGUGGGUGCUGCCACUGGUCAUCCUGCUCGUCUUCCUCUUCCUCUACGCCAUCAACCCGACCGAGGCGAACCCGAUCCACCACUUCAUCUUCCUCUCGUACAAGCUGCCCACUUCGAGCCCGGACGAGCCCCCUCAGUAUGGAAAGGGCCCCUGGGACAUCGCCCUGGUCUCCUUCUACACCGUCGUCCUGUCCUUCACCCGCGAGUUCAUCAUGCAGGAGAUCCUGCGGCCCAUGGCCCGCUGGGCCGGGCUGAGGUCGCGCGGCAAGCAGGCCCGCUUCAUGGAGCAGAUGUACACCGCUCUCUACUUCGGCCUCCUGGGUCCCACGGGCAUGUACGUCAUGAGCCGCACCCCCGUGUGGUACUUCGACACGCGCGGCAUGUACGAGAACUUUCCCCACAAGACCCACGACGCCAUCUUCAAGUUCUACUACCUCUUCCAGGCCGCCUACUGGGCCCAGCAGGCCAUCGUGCUGCUGCUCGGCAUGGAGAAGCCGCGCAAGGACUUCAAGGAGCUCGUCGGCCACCACAUCGUCAGCCUCGUCCUCAUCGCCCUGAGCUACCGCUUCCACUUCACCUACAUGGGCCUGGCCGUGUACAUCACUCACGACAUCUCUGACUUCUUCCUUGCCACCUCCAAAAUUCUAAACUACCUCGACCACUGGCUCACGGGCCCCUACUACUUCAUGUUCAUGUGCGUGUGGAUCUACCUGCGCCACUACCUCAACCUGCGCAUCCUCUUCAGCCUCUUCACCGAGUUCAAGACGGUCGGCCCCUACGAGCUCAACUGGGAGACCCAGCAGUACAAGUGCACCAUCUCCUUCGUCAUCACCCUGGCCCUGCUCAGCGCCCUGCAGGCCCUCAACCUGUUCUGGCUCUUCUUCAUCUUCCGCAUCGCCUACCGCUUCGUCGUGCACAACAUCGCCAAGGACGACCGCAGCGACGCCGAGGAGUCCGACGUCGACGAGGCCCCCGCCCCCCUUGCUGCGAACGGCUCGGCGAACGGCGAUGUCAAGAGUUCCGCCGCCGCCGCCGCCGCCGCUCCGACCGCGAACGGGGCGGCAAAGAAGCGCAAGUAAAACAAUAAGUAAUGAGAGAUUAUAAUUGGCGGCGGGGUGUUGCUCUCUCUUUUUUUUUUCAUUCUCUUUCUCCCCGCAACCCGUGUUCCCGUUACAGGUUCCUUCCUCGUGCCCUUGGUUUCGGAGGAUCGCCC